GCAGGGUCAGCGGUAGCGGCGGAAACAACAGCAGGGCCCUCCAACCCAGCGCCUAAAGGAAAGGCAAAAGCGGAAAAGAAGCCAGCGAAAAAGAAGCGGAAGCGAGACUUUGAUGAUGAAUCAGAUGCCGACGAUGUGGACUUCAACCCCGACUUUGUCGAACAGAGCAAUACUCCAAAUCCAGGCCAGAUCACCUUCUGUGCCGAAUGCGAGUCUCGAUUCACUGUCACCGCUUAUACCUGUGCCGCCCAGGAGGGAGAUGGCAUGCUGUGUUCCAAAUGUGGCAGCAAGUAUGGAAAGGCCAAAAAGACGGUCAAGAAGAAACGUACUACCACGAAGAAAGCCAAGCGUGACAACCUGCGUAAUGCUCUCGACAACAACCAGGCCUGCAUGGCUAAGAGUCUCAAGGACUAUUGCAUCGAGUACGUGGCGAGGGGUAUUGACCAGGUCGACGAUUUCGGGGGUCUCCCCGAGAGGUUUAUGGACCGGAUCUGCCAGAUCAUCUCGCGCAACAGAUCUUUGACGAACCACACCAUGCGAUUGUUCCUCGAGAAUGAUAAGGAAUCGGAAAAGUUGACGUUGUACGACUGUGCCAAAAUUGAUAGCGACAAUUUGCGCACCAUUGGAGCGUUUCUUCCACAUCUCCGCGAACUCUCUUUGCAUCACUGCGGAAAGAUGACUGAUGAAGUCCUUCCGUAUUAUGCUGAGAAGCUCAAAUGCCUCGAGUCUCUUCAUAUCCGUGGCGCCUUCCUUGUCAGCGCCGGAGUGUACGCCAAAUUCUUCGAGACCGUGGGACCUCGUUUGAAAUCGCUCAGUCUCACCUCGACGGCUCGCACCAAUAGUGACGUCUUCGAGGCUAUCGCCGUGAACUGCCCCAACCUUAAAUCUUUGUGUCUUUCCCACCUCGCUCGACUUGACGACGACGGUGUGUUGGCGCUCGAAAAUUGUCCGAAGCUCAAGAGCCUUGAUAUCUCUUUUGCUGGUGGCGGCAUCACCGACGCCUCUGUGAUCUCGCUUCUAGACGUCAUUGGUUCGGGCCUUGAGGAGCUCAACCUCUCAGGCAACAUGCUUCUUACGCAGGAGACCCUGGACGCAAUCCACGCAUGCUGUGCCCAUCUGCGCGUCCUCAACCUCAAUGAUUGCGAGCUUCUCACGGACCUGAACAUCACCAACCUGUUCACCAAUUGGGAUAAGAACCGCGGACUACGGGAAUUUCACAUUGCUCGUCCCGAGAGCUUCGGAGACGCUGCGUUGCUGGCGCUUGCGACCCACAGCGGACAGACGCUCGAGAUGCUGGACCUCACCUCAUGCGGAGACAUCACCAAGCACGGCCUCUUGCAGGCAUUGCCGGAUUUCAAGAAGUUACGGACGAUUGAUGUAGGGUUCAUUAGGUCGGUGGACGACGAGGUUGUCGAGGCGAUGCAAGAGAGGGGCAUCACCCAUAUCACUAUCUGGGGAUGCACGAAGGUCACAUUGGCUUGCAAAAUCGACUUCGGCGUCACCAUCGUUGGACGAGAGGCGGACCUGACGUUUGUUGAGGAUGCUCCUGAUGUCACUGCGGUGGAAUAG